AUUCCGAGGUGUAAGAUAAGAGGGAAAUUCAUUGAAAGUAACGCGAAAAAAACUGCAAGUUGUCAACUUGUCAGGAUUCCUCCAUUUAUCUCGCCUUCUCUCAUUUUUCUUUCUUGAUUGGUUUAGAGAUUGAGAAAAGAAAAAAGAAGUGAAAAACUGCUUGUCAUUAAUGACCUUCUUGGAGGAGUUGACCGUUGGAAGCGCCUCCGCAUCUGCUCCGUCAGCUCGUCGAUGGAAAUACGAUGUGUUUUUGAGUUUCAGGGGUGAAGACACCCGCAAGGGUUUUACAGACCAUCUCUACGACAAAUUGAAGUGGCGUGCAAUCAAAACUUUCAGGGACGACCCAGAACUUCAAAGAGGAACUAGUAUUCAUCCUGAGCUUCUUAUGGCAAUUCAACAAUCACGGUUUGCGAUUGUUGUUAUUUCGCCAAACUAUGCUGCUUCCACAUGGUGCUUGCUUGAACUGACAAAGAUUCUUCAGUCCAUGGAUGAGAGUGAGACCAUCCUGCCAGUUUUUUACGAUGUUGAUCCCUCGGAUGUCCGACAUCAAAAGGGGAGUUUCGCUGAGGCCUUCAUUAAACAUGAGGAGAAGUUCAGGGAAGACAUAGAGAAGGUGCAAGGGUGGAGAGAUGCUUUAACAAAGGUGGCUAAUCUUGCAGGGUGGACGUCAAAGGAUUACAGGUACGAAACAGAACUUAUCAAAGAAAUUGUGGAAGUAGUGUGGAACAAAGUUCAUCCUACAUUGACACUGUUAGAUUCUUCGGAGAAGUUGGUCGGAAUUGAAUUUAGAUUAAAGGAAAUAUGUUUGCUUUUGGAUAUAGCGGAAAAUCAUGUUUGCUUUAUAGGGAUAUGGGGGAUGGGAGGGAUUGGUAAGACAACCCUUGCUAGACUUGUUUAUGAAAAAUUCUCUCAUAACUUUGAAGUUAGCAUCUUUCUUGCUAACGUCAGAGAAAUUUAUGCAAAACAUGGUUUAGUACAUCUACAAAAGCAACUGCUUUCACAAAUCUUGAAAGAUAAGGACGUACAAGUUUGGGAUGUUUAUAGCGGGAUUUCUAUGGCAAAGAGUUUUUUGUGUAACAAAAAGGUUCUUCUCAUUCUUGAUGAUGUAGAUCAAUUAAACCAACUAGAAAAGUUGGUUGGAGAAAAAUACUGGUUCGGUUUAGAGAGCAGAAUCAUUGUUACCACUAGAGAUCGACAUUUGCUGGUCGCACAUGGCAUAGAGAAACAAUAUCAAGUUGUAGAAUUAGACGAGGAUGAAGCUUAUCAGCUCUUUAAUUGGAAAGCAUUCAAAGAAGAUGAGCCUCAGGAAAAAUAUUUGGAGCUCUCUAAGCAGUUCGUUAAGUAUGCUGGAGGUCUUCCAUUAGCUCUUAGAACUUUGGGGUCUUUUUUGUAUAAAAGAGAUCCAGAUGCAUGGAGUAGUGCAUUGAACAAACUGAAGCAAACUCCUAAUUUAACAGUUUUUGAAACGCUAAAAAUAAGUUAUGAUGGACUAGAUGAGAUGGAGAAGAGAAUUUUCCUUGAUAUUGCAUGUUUCCAUAAGUGGUCUGACAAAGAGCGAGUAAUUGAAGUACUAGACAGUUGUGGAUUUUGCGCUCGUAUUGUGAUAGAUGUUCUUGUUGAGAAGUCUCUCUUAACUAUUUCUGGCAAGAGUGUCUGUAUGCACGAUUUGAUACAAGAAAUGGCAUGGGAGAUUGUUCGACGUGAGUCUUUUGAAGAGCCUGGUGCACGAAGUCGUUUGUGGCUUCGUGAUGACAUAUUUCAUGUGCUCACAAAGAAUACGGGAACAAAAGCAAUUGAAGGCAUUGUCUUACGCUUGCGUGAAUUUGAAGAGGCACACUGGAAUCCUGAAGCCUUCUCUAAGAUGUGUAAUUUAAAGUUGCUUGACAUUGAUAAUUUGAGACUUUCUGUUGGCCCCAAAUAUCUUCCUAAUGCCUUGAGAUUUCUCAAAUGGAGAUGGUAUCCCUCCAAAUUUCUGCCGCCAGGUUUUCAACCGGAUCAACUGACUGAACUUAGUUUGCCCCAUAGCAAAAUUGAUUGCCUUUGGAAUGGAAUAAAGUACUUCAGAAAGUUGAAAUCUAUUGAUCUUAGCUACUCGCAGAACUUGACAAGGACUCCAGAUUUCACGGGUCUUCAAAAUCUUGAGAAGCUAGUUCUUGAAGGCUGCACAAAUUUAGUUGAGAUUCAUCCAUCCAUUGCAUCUCUCAAAUGUCUCAGAAUUUUGAAUUUUAGAAACUGCAAAAGUAUUAAGAUUCUACCAAGUGAAGUAGAGAUGGAAACUCUUGAAGUAUUUGAUAUUUCUGGCUGCUCAAAAGUUAAGAAGAUUCCAGAAUUCAGUGGACAGAUGAAAAAUGUAUCAAAGCUUUAUUUAGGUGGGACUGCUGUUGAGGAACUGCCGUUAUCAUUUAAAGGUUUGAUUGGGAGUUUAGAAGAACUUGAUUUAACGGGAAUUUCUAUAAGAGAGCCAGUUUCCUCGAUCGGUCCUAUGAAAAAUCUCGACCUAUCAUCCUUUCAUGGAUGUAAUGGUCAACCACCUCAGCCACGGUUCUCAUUCCUCCCUUCAGGCUUAUUCCCACAGAAGAGUCUUAGCCCCGUGAAUCUGGUGUUAGCUUCUUUAAAAGAUUUCCGUUCUUUAAAGAAACUAGAUCUAAGUGACUGCAACCUUUGUGAAGGAGCCCUUCCUGAAGAUAUUGGCUGUUUGUCCUCUUUAAAAGAAUUAAAUCUUGGAGGAAACAAUUUUGUUAGCCUUCCCACAAGCAUUGGUUGUCUUUCUAAGCUUAGUUUUUUCAACUUGAACAACUGCAAAAGGCUUCAACAAUUACCAGACCUUCCGUUAAACAACAGAAUAUAUUUAAAAACGGACAAUUGUACUUCCUUACAAAUGUUGCCAGGUCCACCAGAGCUGUGCAGAUUACGCCGGUUUGUCUUCUCUUCUGUCAAUUGCUUGAGACUAGUUGGUUAUCAAGGUUCGAACAAUAUUAUAUAUUCAAUGCUAAAGCGAUUCCUACAGGUACUCUCUCUCUCUCUCUCUCUCUCUACCUCUCUUUAUCUUCCUCCAUAGUUGUGUGAUAUGGUGGUUAAUUUGAAUCGUACGGAAAUCCCUCAUUUUGUUGACCGUUUUAGUAUUAUAAUUCCUGGAAGUGAAAUCCCUGAGUGGUUCACUAAUCAAAGUGUUGGACACUCACUAACUGAAAAGCUACCUUUGCAUGCCGGUAAUAGCGAGUGGAUGGGGUUUGCUUUGUGUGCUGUUUUUGUAUCUCACGAGAAUCCAGCUGUUGUUCGUGAAGUAGAUUAUUUGCAAAAUUAUGCAAACGAAAUUUGUUGUCAAUGGAAAAUUCCUGGUUCUCAGUUUGAGGGUGUGUCUUUUUAUAAUCGUCUAGACCAGGUUGUAUCAGAUCACCUGUUGUUAGUCCUUUUGUCUAGGCAGCACUAUAAUUUUUUGGAGGAGAAACGCUGUCAGAUUAAGUUUGGUUUCAAAACCAGACGUGCUGUUGGAAACAAGAAAUGCUUGAAGGUGAAGAAAUGUGGAGUCCGUUCAGUGUACGAGCAAGAUGCGGAAGACCUCAACAGAACAAUGAACCUGUCCAACAACAACAAUUCUCUUCACGAGGAUGUGCACAUUCCACAUUGUGAUUUUAUUUCUUGGAGGAAAGAAUGGAGAGGUGGGACCGUUCCCGGUUUCAAAGGGAGCUGCUCGAUGGAAGCGCCUCCGCAUCUGCUCCUACAGCUCGCAGAUGGAAAUAUGACUGUGUUUUUAAGUUUCAGGGGUGAAGACACCCGAAAGGGUUUCACAGACCAUCUCUAUGAUAAAUUACAGUGGCGUGCAAUCAAAACUUUCAAGGACGACCAAGGACUUGAAAGAGGGACAUUUAUCUCUCCUGAGCUUCGUAGUGCAAUCAAAGAAUCUCAGUUUGCUAUUGUUGUUCUUUCGCCAAACUAUGCCUCUUCAACUUGGUGCUUAAGUGAACUCGCAAUGAUUUUCCAAUGCAUGACAAAGAGGGGGACAAUUCUGCCAAUCUUUUACAAUGUUGAUCCCUCUGACGUACGACAUCAAAGGGGGACUUUUGCUGAAGCUUUCACAAAGCAUGAAAAAGAGCAUAAGGAAAACAUGCGGCUGGUGGAUCAGUGGCGAGCUUCUUUAACGAACGUGAGUAAUCUCGCAGGGUGGACUUCAAACGAUCGGUAUGAAACAGAGCUUAUUAAAGAGGUAGUCGAAGCCAUAUGGAAAAAGGUGCAUUCUACAUACACACUCUCAGGUUCAACAGAGAACUUAGUCGGAAUUGAUUUCAGAUUGAAAUAUAUAGAUAUGCUUUUAUUUGUUCGUGCAAAUGAUGUUCGCUUUAUAGGGAUAUGGGGCAUGGGCGGGAUGGGUAAGACAACCCUUGCUAGACUAGUUUAUGAGAGAAUUUCCCAUAAGUUUCAAGUUAGUAGCUUUCUUGCUAAUAUCAGAGAGCGUUCUUCGAAAUCUGGUUUAGCUCAUCUACAAGAUCAACUUCUUUCCCUGAUUUUGAAGGAAAAAACUACACAAGUUUGGGAUGUUUAUAGUGGAAGUGCUAUGACAAAGAACCUUUUAUCUAACAAAAAGGUUCUUCUCAUUCUUGAUGAUGUUGAUGAACUAAACCAACUAGAAAUAUUGGCGGGAAAGACGGAUUGGUUUGGUCCGGGAAGCAGAAUCAUUGUUACAACAAGAAAUAAGCGUUUGUUAAUCGAGCAUGGUAUAGAUAAAACAUAUGAGGUUUUGGGACUAAAUGAUGAUCAAUCUCUUCAUCUCUUUAGUUUGAAAGCCUUCAAAACAGAUCAGCCAGAUGAUGAUUAUGUGGAACUAUCGAAGUGUUUUGUAGAUUAUGCUGGAGGCCAUCCAUUAGCACUUAAGAUUUUGGGAUCUUCUUUGUAUAAAAGAGGCCAAGAUGCUUGGAAUAGUGCGUUGGAUAAAGUAAAGAAAGCUCCUAACGCAGUAAUUUUUGAAACUCUGAAAAUAAGCUAUGAUGGCCUUGAUGAGAUGGAGAAGAAAGUUUUUCUUGAUGUUGCAUGUUUUCAUACUGGGAAUGACAAGGAGCGAGUAAUUGAAAUACUAGAAAAUUGUGGCUUUUGUGCUCGUAUUGUGAUAGAAGUUCUCAUUGAGAAAUCUCUUUUAAGUAUUUUGGAUGGGUAUGUGGUGAUGCAUGAUUUGACACAAGAAAUGGGAUGGAAAAUUGUUCGACAAGAAUCCUAUCAAGAGCCUGGUCGACAUAGUAGGUUGUGGCUUCAUAAUGAAAUCUUUCACAUAUUCAUGAAGGAUACGGGAACAGAAGCAAUUGAAGGCAUUGCCUUACGCUUGCCUGAAUUAGAACAGGCUCAGUGGAAUCCUGAAAGCUUUUCUAAGAUAUGUAAUCUAAAGUUUCUCCAACUUCAUAAUUUGAGCCUUUCUGUUGGCCCCAAAUAUCUUUCCAACGCCUUGAGAUUUAUUGACUGGAGUUGGUAUCCUUCAGAAUCUCUUCCUCAAAAUUUUCAACCAGCCGAAGUUUCUGAACUUAGUUUGCAUCAUAGCAAAAUUGAUCGGCUUUGGAGUGGAAUGAAGAACAUGUCCUGCUUGAAAUAUAUCGAUCUUAGUCACUCUCAAAACUUGACUGCGACCCCAGAUUUUACAGGUAUUCAGAAUCUUGAAAGGCUGGUGCUUGAAUCUUGUACGAAUUUAGUUGAGAUUCACCCAUCCAUUGCAGUUCUUAAAAGGCUUAAAAUUUUGAAUUUUAGAAACUGUAAUGGUAUUAAGAGUCUUCCAAGUGCUCUAGAAAUGGAAUCUCUUGAAGUUCUUGUUCUUUCUGGCUGCUCAAAACUGAAAAGGGUUCCUGAAUUUGUGGGAAACAUGAAAAAGUUAUCAACUCUUUCUUUAGAUGGGACUGCUAUUCAGGAUGUGCCUUCUUCGAUUGAUCACCUAAUUGGGCUGAUUUUGUUGGAUCUCAAAGAUUGUAAAAGUCUGUUAUGUCUUCCUACUGCCAUUUGUAGUCUGAAGUCUCUUAAAAAUCUAAACGUGUCCGGAUGCUCAAAACUUGAGACAAUUCCGGAAAAUUGGGAGAAAAUUGAGUGUUUGGAGGAGCUUGAUUUGAGUGGAACUGCAAUAAGAGAGCCACCGUUAUCUCUCUUUCUUAUGAAGAGCCUCAAAGUACUAUCUCUACGUGGAUGUAAAGGUCCACCGCUUAAAUCAUGGCAUUCAUUCCUCCAUUUUGGCUUAUUUCCAACAAAAAACCCUGACCCCAUGGGUUUUGCUUUGACUUCUUUAGAUUAUUUGUAUUCUUUGAGUAAAUUAGAUCUAAGUGACUGCAGUCUUUGUGAAGGAGCAAUCCCAGAUUAUAUCGGUUGUUUGCCCUCUUUAGAGGACUUGGUUCUUCGGGGUAAUGACUUCGUUAGCCUUCCUGCAAGCAUUAGGUGGCUUGAUAGUCUCAAGUUUUUGAACUUGGACAGUUGCAAAAGUCUUCAAGAAUUACCAGACCUCCCAUCAAAUGAAGAAUUAACUGUAACAACUGAUGAUUGUACUUGCUUAAAAGUGCUGCCGCAUCCACCAAAUAUAAGUAGAUUGAGGUGGUUUUUUUUCAGAGCAGUUAAUUGCUACAGAUUGGUUGGCAAUAAAGCGAGGAAUAACAUGAUAUUUUCGAUGUUACAGCAAUUCCUUCAGGGAACCCCUCCUUUCGUCAUUCACAGUUUCAAUAUUGUAACUCCUGGAAGUGAAAUGCCAGAGUGGUUCAAUAUUCAAAGAGCGGGAGAUUCAAUAAUUGUGACGCUGCCUGAUGAUGUACAUCCAACUAGAAGCAAGUUGAUGGGAUUUGCUUUAUGUGCUGUUUUUGCACCACAAGAAAAUCCAGCUGCCCUUGAAAUUGAUUCUUUAGAAUGUCAUGCAUGUGGAAUUAAAUGUCUUUCGACAGUAACUGGAUCGAUGAGUGGCAAAACGUCUUUGCUUGUGAAAGGGGUUUAUUAUCAUAAAGCCGGCCAAAUUCAGUCAGAUCACCUUUGGUUACUCUAUCUUUCUUUUAAAGGCUAUGAUCCUAGGAAUUAUUGGAAGGGAGGUUUCCAUCAAAUUGAGUUUUCAUUCAAGACCUUUUGUUCGGGGCCAGAAACCAACAAAUGCUUGAAGCUGAAGAAGUGUGGGGUGCGCUUGGUGAAAGCAGAAGACGACGACAACUCCUACAAUAGCAUUUCUCUUUAUGAGCCUAUGGAAGACCCUCAUUGUGCUCUCCCCGAAUCAGCAAAUGCAGAGAGUGCCAUCCAUAUGAAGCGAACAACUGAACAUUUUGAUGGCGCGGGAUCAAGUGGGAGCUCAUCAAUCUCUACUAAGGAAUCGGUUAACAAAAGAUUGAAAUAUGACUGAUCGUCUUGUGCCUAUUAAAUCAUCCGGUUUCUCCAAACAGUGCUUGGAAGGGUAAAAUGCUUUUCUCAGAAUUCAUUUCAGUAAACCAUUAUCUCACUACUCGUUGCAGUUAUUAGUACUGUACUGAAUUUCCUGAUUUUUAAAUUUAAAAAUUCAUUUUCUGAUUUCACAA